AUGAAAAUCAACGAAAAUAUCCAGAUUUUGGGCCCGAAAACGGUUCUCAUCCCAUAUGAAGCUGAACAUGUGCCGAAAUAUUCGAACUGGAUGGCGGAUGAAGAAAUUCGGCGGCUCACCGCGUCAGAUAGACUAAGUUUAGAGGAGGAAUAUGAGAUGCAACGAAAUUGGCGAGAGGAUGAGGAUAAAUUGACGUUUAUUGUGUUGGAUGCGACGGUUUUUGGUGGGGAAAAGAAGAGAGAGGUGGGGGCGAUGGUUGGCGAUGUGAAUUUGUUUAUUGGCGAAGGGGAAGCGGAGAAUGGCGACGGGUUUGCGCAGGCUGAAAUUGAGGUGAUGAUUGCGGAAGAAGCGGCAAGGGGAAAGGGAAUUGCGACGGAAGCUGUGAAAUUGAUUGUUGGAUAUGCGAUUGAGGUGGGAUUUUGGGUGAAAAUGCGAAAAUCUGAGAAUUUUGGGUGAAAAUUGAGGAUUUUAGGCCAAAAUCAUGGAAUUUCAGUCAAAUUUCUUAAAGGGUUGGUGUUUUCCUGGUGAAAAAAUCGUCUGCAAAAAGGCGUCACCGUGUUAUUUUCAAAGUUGUGUGCAAACACACGCACGAAAAUUCAAAAACGAGUUGUGCGCUAGAGCGCAUUUACUUGUUUUAUUUCGUAGGUUUUAACUUGUUUGUGUUUUUGAGGAAAAAUAUGGGCUGAAUUGAUGCUAGAAUUUUUUCUAAAACUGGAACCUUCCAGGAGCACCUUAUUCCUAUCUAAACCAAGCAAGAUUCCCUGGCGGAGCACCAACCCUUUAAAACAAGCCUUAAAAUCUAAUAUUUUGCCGAAAAUAGCUCCUGAAACGCUGAAUAUUCUCAAAUUUCAUGUGAAACCCUGGAAAAUCCCAAAAUUUUUGAAAUCGGAUGAGCAAACGCGCUCCAAUGAGAAAAUAUUGAUUUUUCAUGGAUUUUAGCGCGAAAACGUGAUUUCCGGCUGAAAAUAGCUCCUGAAACGCUAAAAAUCCUCAAAUUUCAUGUGAAACCCUCGAAAAUCCCAAAAUUUUUGAAAUCGGAUGAGCAAACGCGCUCCAAUGAGAAAAUAUAAAUUUUUCAUGGAUUUCAGCGCGAAAACCAUGAUUUCUAGGCUGAAAAUCAGUCAAAUUUCAUGAAAAAUGCUGAAAAUCAUUAAUUUUCACUCAAAUUCAUCUAAAAAUCACGGUUUCAGAUCAAAAUCCAUAUAAAGUUUACGAAUUUUUGAAAUCGGAUGAGCAAACGCGCUCCAAUGAGAAAAUAUCGAUUUUUCGUGGAUUUUGAGCUAGAAACAUGGUUUUUAGGCUGAAAAUCAGUCAAAUUUCAUGAAAAAAUGCUGAAAAUCAUUAAUUUUCACUCAAAUUUGAUAAAAUUCAUCUGAAAAUCCCUGUUUUAGAUAAAAAGCCAUAUGGAAAUUUGGAAUUUUUGAAAUCGGAUGAGCAAACGCGCUCCAAUGAGAAAAUAUCGAUUUUUCAUGGAUUUUGAGCAAGAAACAUGGUUUUUGGCUCAAAAUUUUGCGGUUUUUUCGAAUUCCGGCUCAAAUUUAUCGAUUUUUCAUGGAUUUCAGCGCGAAAACCAUGAUUUUAGGCUAAAAAUCGCCCAAAUUUCUUUUGCAGACCCUCAAAAUUCGCCAUUUUUUCGUCAAAAUCACCGACGACAACACAUCUUCACUGCAUUUAUUCGAGAAAAAGCUGAAAUUCACGCUGAAAUCGCACAACAAAAUCUUCAAUGAGUACAAUUUGGAAUUGGAAGACGAAGAGGAGAGAAUUCAGGAAUUUAUCGAUUUUUUCCGGGAAAAUGCUAGAAUUUCCAAUUAUCGUGUUGUUGAGAAAUGA